AUGUCAGUUGGAAGUAUGCCCAAGGUCAUCAGCCCCUUCAAUGGCGAUCAUACUGGGAGCGGGCGCGGUAUGAGAUGUGCCAUGAAGUCUCAUGACAGUGCCGCGAGGAAGCAGAGCCUGGUCGCCAAGACGGGAGGAGACGAGCCCAUCGGAUGUCUGGCGCAUGUUGACAUGACUGUGCUUGCCGCCAUCCGGGCCCAGACGACCUUGCGACAGAUGCAUCCUCAGAGCCUUGAGAGUGAACAGCUGAGUCUGAGGUGCCAUGGCAUGAUGGCGAGCAGGGGCUCAUGUCGGCUCGCGGAUCGAAGAAGCGAGACUUGGCAGGACGUUGUGCGCGCCUGCAAGGCAGAGCAGACGCAGAAGUUUGGGUGCAUCAAGCUUGGCCUUCCUGAGCAUGUCUGA